CAUGACAAGACUAGAGGGAGAACCUCUCUCCCAUAAGUCUAUGCCAAGCUUUCAACCGUAAACUAUUGAUAGAGAGAGAGAUAGAGAGAGAGAGAGAGAGAGAGAGAGAGAUGGGUGCUGGUGAAGUUGAGGAUGUUCAAAGAGAUGAGCAGCUGUUUGAGACCAAGUCGGAAGGGAGAGGGAGACUUGCUUACAGAGUGUUUGCUGCCACCGUCUUCUUGAGCAUCUGUGGGGUAUGGGCCUAUAGGUUGGCCCACAUACUAUCCCUACUGUUUCCAGACUACCUUUCGGAUCCUGGUUCCGGUUCUGGUUACAAGACCGGCGUUAUCGGUGAGACGGUGGUGAAGAAGGGAACGACUUAUUACUAUUACUUGCUGUGGAGUUCCGUGGGGAUGUUCUUGGCUGAGUUGGUGUUCGGUCUAUAUUGGGUCCUCAGCCAGUCCAUCCGAUGGAACAUCGUUCACCGGCUCGCUUUCAAGGACAAGCUCUCCCUGAGAUACGAGGAAAAGUUACCGCGAAUAGACAUAUUCGUAUGCACAGCGGACCCGGAGAUGGAGCCACCAUCCCUGGUGAUCAACACCGUCCUCUCGGUGAUGUCCUACAACUACCCACCGGAGAAGCUGAGUGUUUAUCUCUCCGAUGACGGUGGCUCCAAGUUCACGUUCUACGCUCUCCUCGAGGCAUCUGAGUUCGCUAAGCAUUGGAUUCCGUUUUGCAACAAGUUCAACAUCGAGCCUCGGUCUCCGGAUGCUUACUUUGCCCAGCAGCGCCGGGCCAACGUCCAGCCCACCGCCUAUGGCCAGGAAUGCCUGGCUAUAAAGAAGCUAUACAAGGAUAUGAAGAAGAGAAUUGAUGAGGCUGUUAAGAUUGGUACCAUCCCAAAGGAUAUGAAGGAGAAGCACAAAGGAUUCUCAGAAUGGAAUCCCAACGUAACAAAGUGGGAUCACCAAUCAAUUGUUCAGAUAGUAAUUGACGGAAGCGAUGAGAACGCAGUCGAUGGCAAGGGAAGCCGGUUACCGACGUUGGUGUACAGGGCACGAGAGAAGAGACCUCAGCAUCGUCACAACUUCAAGGCUGGCUCCAUGAAUGCACUAAUUAGAGUGUCGUCGGUGAUAAGCAAUGCACCAAUCAUACUGAACCUAGACUGUGACAUGUACGCCAACAACACGGACGCAAUUAGAGAGGCCUUGUGCUUCUUCAUGGACGAGGAGAGAGGCCAUGAAACCGCCUAUGUUCAGUUCCCGCAGAACUUCAACAACAUCACCCCGAAUGACCUCUAUUUCAACUCUUGCACCGUGAUCAAUGAGGUUGAGAUGAAGGGCUUGGAUGGGGCUGGAAAUGGAACAACUCUUUACUGUGGGACAGGAUGCUUCCAUAGGAGGGAGAGUCUCUGUGGAAGGAUGUACUCGGAAGAUUAUAAACCAAAAUUGACAGAUGAAAGGACUGAAAUGAAAAGAAGUGAAAGAACUGUGGUUGAACUCGAAGAAGCAGCAAAAGCCGUGGCCAAUUGCUCCUACGAAGAAGGCACUCCAUGGGGAAAGGAGAUGGGAGUGAUGUAUGGUUGCUCGGUGGAGGACAUAGUGACGGGGAUAACGAUCCAAUGCAGGGGAUGGAAGUCUAUCUACUAUAAUCCGCGGCGCAAGGCCUUCAUCGGGGUGGCCCCGAACACGCUCGAGCUCUGCCUUGUGCAGUUCAAGAGGUGGUCUGAGGGGUUGUUCCAGAUUUUCCUGUCCAAGUACUGUCCCUUCACUCUCGGCCACGGGAAGAUUAAGGUUGGUGCCCAGAUGGCCUACUCCUUCUAUCUCGUGUGGGCUUCCUUGUCCCUCCCAACUCUGUUCUAUGUCAUUGUCCCUCCCCUGUUCUUGCUCCGCGGCAUCCCCUUGUUCCCCGAGGUAUCUUUGUCGAGCCUGUGGUUCCUGCCAUUCAUAUAUGCGGUCCUAGCCCGGAGCGUGUCCAGCAUGGCUGAGGCACUAGGAUGCGGCUUGACGGUCUGGUCAUGGUGGAACGCUCAGAGGAUGCUACUGUUCCGGAGGACGAGUGCAUUCGUCUUUGCCCUGGUGGACGCAGUCCUUGCAGAGUUAGGCCUCUCGCAGACCGGCUUUGCCGUGACUGCAAAGACUGUUACCCCAGAUGUCCAGGCUCGGUACGAGAAGGAGGAUGAGUUCGGGAGCUCGUCGGUCAUGUUUACUCUCAUAGCUACCCUGGGAGUACUAAACCUGUUCUGUCUCAUUGGAGGACUGAUGAGGGUCGGGCUGGUGUAUGGGCUGCUGGGGUUGGGGAGGUUCAUGGUGCAAUUUGUGGUUGCUGGGGCUGUGGUCUCGCUGAACCUCCCGGUGUACAAGGCGCUUUUCAUUCGACAUGACAGGGGGUGUCUGCCCAUGUCCGUCAUGUUCAAGUCUGUCGUUUUCGCCUCGACCGGAUGUGUGGUGGCUAUGUACCUAUGAUCGAAUCAUAUAACUUUCUAUUGCUCGGGUCCUGUUAUAAACAUAUAUAUUGCUUAUUGGCCAAUCAUAUUAAUAUGGUGCA